AUUAAUAUGAAUCUUGUAGACAAAAAGAUGCCAAGAAGAGCACCCUGGACUCCAGAGGGGCUUGAAUCAAAGCCCCACUAGUUAGAAAUUAGAAAUAUUUUUUAACCUCCUGAAGAAUCCAAGAUCAUCAGUGUUGGAAAAAAAACCCAGUCUGUCUAUUGUGGGGAAAAACAGAUUGCCGAUCACAGCUCAUUAUGCAUGAGGGGAUCCACACCGCAAAAAAUACGCAAAAAUGCUUAGAAUGUGGCAAACGCUUUACUCAGAACAACUUCCUGAUGGCAGCACCCACACUGAAGAGAAAUUCUACCAGUGCUCCCACUGUGACAAAAGGUUUAGCACACGCACAAACCUGGUCAGACAUAAGAAAACUCACACUGGGGAGAAACCUUUUGAUUGUCCUGAUUGUGGGAAAAGUUUCACUCAGAAUUCUGACCUGGUGAUACACCAGAGGACACACACAGGAGAGAAACCGUAUGUGUGUCUAGAGUGUGGGAAACGUUUCAGUAAAAAUUUCAAUCUGAUGAUACACCAGAGGAUUCAUACAGGAGAUAAACCAUAUGAGUGUCUGUUUUGUGGGAAAAAGUUCAGUCAGAAUGCCAACCUGGUAAUACACCAGAGGACUCAUACAGGAGAGAAACCAUAUGAGUGUCUGUAUUGUGGGAAAAGUUUCAGUCAGAAUGCCAAUCUUAUGAUGCACCAAAGGACUCACACAGGAGAGAAACCAUAUGAGUGUCCAGAUUGUGGGAAAAGUUUCCAGCAGAAUUCCAAGCUGGUGAUACACCAAAGGACACAUACUGGUGAGAAACCAUAUGAAUGUCUGGAUUGUGGGAAAAGUUUCAAGGAAAAUUCCACCCUACUUUUACACCAGAGAACUCACUCGAGAGAAAAACCAUAUGAGUGUCCAGAUUGUGGAAAAGCUUUUAGUAGAAAUUCUAACCUGCUCUUACAUCAAAAGGCUCAUACAGGAGAUAAACCAUAUGAGUGUCCAGAUUGUGGGAAAGGUUUCAAUUGGAAUUCAGAUCUCGUGAUACACCAGAGGAUUCACACGGGAGAAAAACCGUAUGAGUGCCUGGAUUGUGGGAAAAGUUUCAGUCGGAAUUCCCACCUGGUGGAACACCAGAGAACUCACACAGGCGAAAAACCAUAUCAAUGUCCUGAUUGUGGGAAAAGUUUCUAUCGUAAUUCUAACCUUGUGGUACACCAGAGAACUCACACUGGGAACAAACCAUAUCAGUGUCUGGAUUGUGGUAAGACUUUCCAUUGGAAUUCCGCUCUAGUGAUACACCAGAGAACUCACACAGGAGAAAAACCGUAUGAGUGUCUGGAGUGUGGGAAAAGUUUCAUUCGGAAUUCCGAUUUGGUGAUGCACUGGAGGACUCACACUGGAGAGAAACCGUAUGAGUGUCCAGAUUGUGGGAAAGAUUUUAGUGCUCAGUCUAGCCUCAUAAACCAUGUAAGGAUACACACAGGGGAGAAACCAUUUAAAUGCCCAGAUUGUGGACAGUGUUUCUCACAAAAUUCCUCCUUUAUCACCCAUAAGAAAUUCCACGUAGUGGAAAACCUCCACAGAUGUGCCUAUUGUGGGGAAAGUGUAGCUUGCAAAUCAGAGCUGAUUAUGCAUCAGAGGACCCACACUGGUGAAAAACCGUACAAAUGCUCUGAAUGUAGCAAAGUCUUUCAUUACAGAUCCCAACUUCUUGAGCAUAAAAGAACCCAUACUGGAGAAAAGCCCUACCAAUGCCCAGAGUGUGACAAAAAGUUUAGUAAGCAUGCCACCCUGGUGAUACACAAGAGGACACACACCGGAGAAAAACCAUUUGAGUGUCCAGAGUGUGGGAAAAGUUUCAGUCAGAAUUCCAACCUGGUGAUACACCAGAGGACUCACACAGGAGAGAAACCGUAUGUGUGUCAGGAUUGUGGGAAACAUUUCCGUCAGAAUUCCAACCUGGUGAUACACCAAAGGACUCACACAGGAGAGAAACCGUAUGUGUGUCAGGAUUGUGAGAAAAGUUUCAUUCGAACUUCUGACCUGGUGAUACACCAGAAGAUUCAUACAGGAGAGAAAUUGUGUGUGUGCCCACAUUGUGGGAAAAAAUUCAUUCGGAAUUCUGACCUAGUAAUACACCAGAAGACUCACACUGGAGAGAAACCAUAUAAGUGUCCAGAUUGUGGGAAAAGCUUUAGUCAGCAUUCUCACCUAGUGAUACACCAGAGGACUCACACAGGACAUAAACCAUAUGAGUGUCUGGAUUGUGGAAAAACUUUCAGACGGAAUUCUGACCUGGCGAUACAUGAGAGGAUUCACACUGGGGAGAAACCGUAUGAGUGUCCGGAUUGUGGGAAAAAUUUUACUCGAAAUUCUGACUUGGUGAUUCACCAGAGGACUCACACAGGAGAGAAACCAUAUGAAUGUGUAUAUUGUGAGAAAAGUUUCAGUCAGAACUCUUACCUGGUAAUACACCAGAGGAUUCACACAGGAGAGAAACCAUAUGAAUGUCCAUAUUGUGACAAAAGUUUCAGUCGGAAUUCCAAUCUGAUGAUACAUCGGAGAACUCACACGGGAGAGAAACCAUAUGAUUGUCCAGAGUGUGGGAAAAGCUUCAAUACUAGAUCAAAUCUCACCAGCCACAUGAAGUAUCACACAGGAGAGAAACCUUAUGAGUGUCCAGACUGUAGAAAAAAAUUUAGUUGGAAAUCUGACUUGCUAAUUCAUCAGAGGAUUCACACAGGGGACAAACCAUAUGAGUGCCCGGAUUGUGGGAAAGGUUUCAAUACUAGAUCUAGCCUUAUAAAUCAUGUAGGGCCUCACAUUGGGGAGAAACCCUUUGAAUGUCCUGAUUGUGGAAAAAGUUUCACUCGGAAUUCCCACCUGGUGAUACACCAGAAGACUCACACUGGAGAGAAACCAUAUGAGUGUCCUGAUUGUGGGAAAACUUAUACUUGGAAGUCUAAUCUGAUGAAGCAUCAGAGGAUUCACACAGGAGAGAAAUCAUAUAAAUGUCUGGAUUGUGAGAAAUGUUUCAAUUGGAAUUCCGACUUGGUGAUACAUCAGAGGAUUCACACAGGAGAAAAACCAUAUGAGUGUCAGGAUUGUGGGAAAAGUUUCAGCAGAAAUUCCCACUUGGUGGAACACCAGAGAAUUCACACAGGCGAGAAACCAUAUAAGUGUCCUGAUUGUGGGAAAGGUUUCUCUUGGAAUUCUAACCUGGUGGUACACCAGAGAACUCACACAGGUAAGAAACCAUAUCAAUGUCUGGAUUGUGGUAAAAGUUUCAAUUGGAAUUCCGCCCUGAUGAUACACCAGAGGACUCACACAGGAGAAAAACCAUACGAGUGUCUGGAGUGUGGGAAAAGUUUCAUUCGGAAUUCCGAUUUAGUUAUACACCAGAUGACUCACUCGGGAGAGAAACCAUAUGAGUGUCCAGAUUGUGGGAAGAGUUUCAGUAAAAAUUUCAAUCUGGUGGUACGCCAGAGCACUCACACAGGAGAAAAACCAUAUGAGUGUCCGGAGUGUGGGAAGCGUUUCAGUCAGAAUUCCAACCUGGUGAUACACCAGAGAAUUCACACGGGAGAGAAACCCUAUGAGUGUCCAGAUUGUGGGAAGAGUUUCAAGCAGAAUGCCAACCUUCUAAUGCAUCAGAAGACUCACACAGGAGAGAAACCAUAUGAAUGUCCUGAAUGUGGAAAAAGUUUCAGUAGGAAUUUCAAUCUGGUGAUCCACCAGAGAAUUCAUACCGGAGAGAAACCAUAUAUGUGUCCUGUUUGCGGGAAAGGUUUCUGUCGGAAUUAUCACCUGGUGGUACACCAGAGAACUCAUACAGGCAACAAACCAUAUCAGUGUCUGGAUUGUGGUAAAAGUUUCCAUUGGAAUUCUGCCCUGGUGAUACACCAGAGAACUCAUACCGGAGAAAAACCAUAUGAGUGUCUGGAGUGUGGGAAAAAAUUUGUUCAGAAUUCCAAACUGGUGAUACAUGAGAGAACUCACACAGGAGAGAGACCGUAUGAAUGUCCAGAUUGUGGGAAAGAUUUCAAUAGUAGGUCUAGCCUUAUAAAUCAUGUAAGAUUACACAUAGGGGAGAAACCAUUUUAACGCUUAGCUUGCUGUGUUUCACACAAAAUUCCUCUUUUAUCGUACAGAAGAUAUUCCAUGAAGUGUUAUUCAGUGUCUUUAGUAGAAUCUUAAAUAUCAUUUUUAAUCUCUCAUUGCAAGCUUAGCUGAGAAAUUAGCUAUUUUAAUUUCUCAGCUGAUUCUUUUUAUCAAAUAUCUUUAUUAUUAAACAUGAAGGAAGAGAUCUGUGUUGGGAAGUCCAAGUCCUUUCUGAGCUUCCUUUCUCUGGCCCAGUGCAGUUGUUCCCUCCUACACAGGGAAGACAGGUGAAAUCCUAUGGUUGGCUGGCGAAAGAAACCUGCCCAGCAAUGAAAUUCCCUUUUGCACAUAGAGGGGAACCGCCUGCCGUCUUUUGGCAGGCAGCUGUUUCACUCUGUUUGCUUGAUCACCUACAUUGUCUUAUUAGUGAUCGUGACUUGGAGGGGGCAGGAUUCCAUUUCUGGGAGAGGCAAUCAUAUGAGUAUCUUGUUUUAGGAGCAAUAUUUCUGCCCCCAUUGUUGUCAUAAGUCGACGAUCACCUGUAUUCUAUGCACUAAAGUGGAAAGUCUCAACUUUAACCGUAAUGGAGGAAUGGUGGUUGAAGAGGAUGGAACUUGUUGAGAUGAAUCAUCGACUUCCUCGAUCAGAGAAAAGACAUUUUCUACACUCCUUGCUAAUUGAAAGCCCUUUAGAGGCUUGUGUGGAAAAAAUAAAAGUUAUGACUUACAGUUUUGGUUAUUAAA